AUGGCUCCGAUCACGAAAAAAGCGCUAGUUAACUGCGAUAUGGGAGAAGCGUACGGGAACUGGGCUUGUGGCCCAGAUCUUGAGUUGCUUCCCUUGAUCGACAUCGCUAACAUCGCCUGUGGUUUUCACGCUGGUGACCCUCUGAUCAUGUUGGAGACAGUACGGAACUGCAAAGCUCACAAUAUUUUGGUGGGAGCACAUCCUGGUCUGCCUGACAUUCAAGGGUUUGGACGACGCGAAAUGAAGCUAUCUCCGGAUGAACUCACCGCAAUUACUAUCUAUCAAGUUGGUGCUCUCCAAGGUUUCUUGGAUCGCGAGGGGGUCCGCCUCAAUCAUGUCAAACCGCACGGUGUUCUUUAUGGAAUGAUGUGCAGGGAUUAUGAGGUAGCAAAGGCUGUCAUGCUGGGAAUUCCUAAGGGGGUCCCUGUCUUUGGGUUACCUGGGACAAAUAUGGAAAAGGCUGCCAAUGACUUGGGGAUCGAAUUUCGGGCUGAAUUCUAUGGCGAUGUCAAAUACGAUUCUAGGGGGAUGCUCGUGAUUGAUCGGAAGAAGAAGCCGUGGAAUCCUGCAGAUGUUGAAAAACAUGUUCGGCAGCAACUUGAAGAGCAGUCUGUGACGAGCGUUGAUGGGACUAUAGUACCGCUCCCUAUCAAGGACUAUGAUGUAUCCAUCUGUUGUCACUCAGACUCGCCAGGGUGCGUUGAAAUUAUCAAAGCAACGAAAAAGGUGGCGGACGAGUUCAAUAAGAAGUAUGGAUUUUGA